GGACUUCCUGAGCUCAGGUCAGCGCGCGGAGCGCUCCUUCGCAGUCGCUUUCGCAGCGGUCCGCGGUGUCUCCGCGCUGCUGCUGGUGGAGGGGGUUGCGGACGGUCAAGUGCUCAGCGCUGGUCUCGCGCGCGCCUCGUGCCUGCAUGUGGGGAAAGUCUGCGGAUUGAUCUGACUUUCGUUUUAAAAGACGGAGACGUCUGUUGGGGUGAAAGAAAGGAGGAACACGCUGGCUGUUUUGCUCCGCUGCCGUUUCUCUCGUUGGACGUGAGCUGCCUGUGUGCGCUGCAUGUGCGGUAACAACAUGUCAGCGCCGCUCCCUGCCAUCGUACCAGCUGCGCGGAAAGCCACGGCGGCGGUAAUUUUUCUUCACGGGCUUGGAGACACUGGGCAUGGCUGGGCAGAGGCAUUUGCGGGAAUCAGGACCCCUCAUGUGAAGUACAUCUGUCCUCACGCGCCAAUUAUGCCAGUUACCUUGAAUAUGAACAUGGCGAUGCCUUCUUGGUUUGAUAUAAUCAGCCUUAGUCCAGAGGCAGAAGAGGAUGAAUCUGGCAUUAAACGAGCUGCAGAAAACAUAAAAGCCCUGAUAGAUCAAGAGGUAAAAAAUGGAAUACCUUCACACAGAAUAGUCCUGGGUGGAUUUUCACAGGGAGGUGCGCUGUCCCUCUACACGGCCCUCACGAUGCACCAGAAGCUGGCCGGCGUAAUGGCCCUCAGCUGCUGGCUGCCGCUGCGCAGCUCCUUCCCUCAGGCUGCAGCCAGCAGCAGCAACAAGGACGUCCACAUCCUGCAGUGCCACGGAGAGGCCGACCCGCUCGUUCCGCUUGUGUUCGGCUGCCUCACGGUGGAGAAGCUGAAGAGCUUUGUUGACCCAGCCAACGUGCAAUUCAAGACCUAUCCCAGAAUGCCACACAGUUCCUGCCCACAGGAAAUGAUGGACAUCAAGCAGUUCAUUGAGAAACAGCUACCUCCGAUCAAUUGACUUGACAGCAGUGGCCUUUGAAUCACACACCAGCACCAACUUUGACUUAACCUGGAUCCUUCACAAGCUCUCGGAAUCCCUUCAGUAAUCAAAGAUUAUAUCCUUGCUGAAAUAGUUUGUGCUACAUUCUGCCUGUCAUGAAGACGCCUGUAGAGUCUCUGCCGAAGGGAGGGGGCAACAUUGGACCUGCUGUUUAAUUAUUCUCUAAAACUACUGUAUUAACUGAAAGAGCAACAAGGAGUCAGGAUGUCAGUACUAAGGAGGCUAGUGUUGUGGUGCAGCUGCUGUGGAAAUAACGUUAUUAAAAGCCAUUUCUGCUGUUUAAUAAAUGCAUUUCAGUAUCUAAGGCAGUCAGAUUUGGAAAUUCUACUAAUUUUGAUUUACAAUAAACAGUAAGGCAGCUGUGUGGAAAUCUGUUGUUGACUGUUUUGAGAUGCAUUCUGUGUGGCACGCAUACACUGAUGAUGAUAACUU